CUUAGCGGUCGGGAGCGCGCAGUAAGUCAUGCCUCAUCCGUCGCUCGCCUCCUCGACAGUGGAGGAAAACAAAAAAAACUAACAAACAAAAAAAACAAAUCCGUGCUCUUCCCCGAAUGCACCUGGUGCUUUUGCCUUCGCUCGUGCGCGUGUCGCGUGGCUAAGAGAAGCAAAUGUAAACACACGUCGUCGAUCGUUUUCGCCCCUUUUUCGGUUCAAAGGAGGAGCGGAGGUGCAGGAGAGGAGUACAGCUGUGGUGAUGUGGUGUUCCGGGGCUCAUCCUUCAUCGCUCUUUCCUUUAACUUGAUGCUGCUGCUGCUGCUGCUGCUGCUGCUCAGUGAGGAGCAGAUGUAAACGGACCUAAACUGAUGUGACUCAACGAGCGUGUUUUCCAACAUGAGCCUGUAGGAGCAUGGGCGCCAUCUGAAAGAGCCUCAGGCUUACAAAGGAAGUGGCCUGGCUCUGCUGUCCUCCCCCUCUAACGUCCCACUGUGUCACACCACUGCUAUAUUCUGUUCCCACUGUGCCCGACCCAUGGAGAGUGCACACCCACCCAGAUAGGAUGCCUGCCCUGCCCAAUGCCCUGCAUCCCCUCCUGCCCGUCACCACCUCCUCCUUCUCCUUGUGUGUUCCUGCUCUCGCCAACAGUUCCUCCAAGUCUCCCGAGGCUCCACCCCGCCCCACUACAACAUGGUGGAUGAGAUAACCACCAUGAAGGAUGAUGUCAUCAACGCCAACACGCUGGCUUGGCUGGUCUGCUCGGGCGUGUCCAUCCUGGCCAACACUUGGAGCAUCCUCAGCGUCAGUGCCAAGCAGAAGAAGUGGAAGCCGCUGGAGUUUCUCAUCUGCACGCUGGCGGGCACGCACAUCCUUAACAUGGCCAUCCCCAUCACCAUGUACUGUGUCAUAACGCUGCGCCGCCAUCACUCCAACUACGAUUGGAACGAGGGUCUGUGUAAGGUGUUUGUCUCCACCUUCUACACGCUCACUUUAGUCACCUGCUUCUCCGUUACCUCACUCUCUUAUCACCGCAUGUGGAUGGUACGCUGGCCUGUAAACUACAGGUUGAGUAACACCAAGAAGCAGGCAGUGCACACAGUUAUGGGCAUCUGGAUGGUCUCCUUCAUCUUGUCCACACUUCCAGCUGUGGGCUGGCAUGACACCAACCACCGCUUUUACACCUCUGACUGCAAAUUCAUCGUGAAAGAGAUUGGCCUGGGCUUUGGCGUGUGCUUUCUGCUGCUGAUUGGCGGCAGCGUGGCCAUGGGUGUGAUCUGCAUUGGCAUUGCGCUUUUCCAGACCUUCUCCAUUCAGGCAGGUCACAAUGCCGACAAGAACAAGUUCAAUGUCCCCACCAUAGUUGUGGAGGAUGCCCAGGGCAAACGCAGAUCAUCCAUUGAUGGGUCGGAGCCUCUCAAGACGUCCCUGCAGAUCACUUACCUGAUCAGUGGCAUCGUCUUCAUCUACGACUUCCUGACUGGCUUCCCCAUACUGGUGGUGAGCUUUGCCAGUCUGAAGUUCGAGCGCUCCUACAACUGGAUGGUGUUGUGUGUGCUGUGGUGCUCCAUUGCCCAGUCCAUCCUGCUGCCUAUGUUCCUCUGGGCCUGUGACCGCUAUCGGGCUGACAUUCGCGUGGUGUGGGAGAAGUGCGUCGCCAUCAUGUCCAACGACGACGUGGAUGAGGAAAACAGCCAAGAUGGAGGAAUUCAUGCCGACUUAAUAUAUGACAGACCAUAUGACUAUAGCUCGGCGCCUGAAAUCGUGACCAUAGACCGUAAUGCCAAGUAUGAGUUCUCAACCUUAGAAAGGGGGGUUCUGCAAGGGUAUCCAUUGAGGGAACAACAGGAAGAUAAAAUGCAGUAUUUGCAGGUGCCCCCUACAAGAAGAUACUCCCACGACGAAACCGACAUGUGGACCAACGACCAGAUCCCCUCAUACCUUCACCGAUGGGGCUCUACCGAGGACAUGAUUGUGAGUGCCCACUACAGCUCCACCUUGCCGCGCCACGAGAGGCGCAGGAGCAGCCUGGUCUCCUACCACGAGGAGAGCCACCAUCACCAUCAUCCACAUCGCAAGCGGCGACGAUCUGAGGAUAGUAUGCACUCACUCAAGCACUUGCCCCGUGUGGUUUGUGGCGGGGAGCGCUAUGAGGAUGAACUGCGCUGUUUCAGCCGUGAUGAGGUGAUUAACUUUAUAGAUGAGACGCCGUUGCCGAGCCCUAGGAAGAGCCCGCGGCGCACGUCCACCAUCUCACUUAUCCCCAAUGUGUAUGAACACCACACAGUCAUCCUCCCUCACUUCGCACUCACAGACUUUGAGCGUGAACCUCAAGCUCUCAGGAGGCUUUCAGAGCACAAAAGGAGCAGUAGUCGGGGCAACUCGCCUGAGACUUCCCCCAAACCAGAAAGACCUGGUGGAAAGAGGAGCCAUGGGGCUUGUGGCUCUGGUAAAGUUUACCAGGAAUGCCUGGGAAUGCACGAUGGGAAAAAGCACAGCGGAGAGAGUUCACCUGGGCGCAGCCAUCAGAAUCAAGGGCACUCUACCUGUAGGCCCAGGACAGGCAGUGGAGCUGUGGCUGGUUCUGGAGGUGACUGGGGAAAUCAAAAGCACCUGAGCAAGGCAGAGAGUAAAGGAAGCACAAACAGUUUUGUAAGUACACCCUCGGCUUCGUCCUCGGGAUACAUCACCUUUCAGUCUGAUUCUUUGGGCUCUGCUACCUGAAAGCAACAUUUCCCCUUAAUGUCAACAUUAUUAUCAUUAUUAUUAUUAUUAUUAUUGUUAAUAAACUUGUUAUCAUAAUGAAAACCACUGGAAAAGUGGUUGUUAUGGAAAAGUGAAGUAUUUGGCCUUUUAACUUGUGCUAUUACUCCGCUUUACUAUGGGUUACCAACAUGUAGGCAAAUGGCCUGUUAAAAAUUCUGAAUGGACCUCAUGAGACUUGGUAUGUAGCCUGGUGAAAAGGUUGAGUGGUCCUUUUAUUUAGCUUUCACAUCACAAAAUAUCCACAGAGGACACACGUUUUGUUUCCAACACUGACACAAAUUAACUUUUUUCAAUGGUGUGACAUACCCAUAUCUUGUUUUUUGCUGUUUAAUAUCGUUUUUCUAUGACACACUCAAAGAAUCAGAGGAAGUAGUUGUUUGGGUGUAGUUUUUCUUUCUUUUGUUUUUGCACUUCAACAAAAACUCUCAUGUUGGAAUUUUUUUUAGCCUGAAGUGGUUUUGUGUUUUGCUGUAUGGACACAUUUGCUUUUAAACCAAACUUUUCUGAAUACUCAUUUACAUUAAGAUUGAUUUAGGGUUACGCUACAAUACAUGUUUUUAUUUAACAUUGAUUUUGUUGAUAAAGACUGAGAGUGGUAAUGUGUAUUGGUUCUACAGCUUACUGUGUCACCCCCAACAAUUCUUAAUGAAAAUGUGAAGUCAGUUUUGAAAGGGUAUUGACUUGUUAUGUAUAUAUGAAAGAGAUUGGAUUCAUUGUUUUGGUGUUCUUUAUUGUUUUUGAUGAUACAUUUGCCUGAAACAUUUCCCCCUUUUCUUAUCAUUCACGUGUUGAUGUUAACUUGGGAGGUCAUCGGGUGCAGCAUUUUUCAUUUACAUACAUAACGUCAAAAUAAUAUCUGGAAAUGGUGCUUUAUUCUCAGCAACUGAGCAUGUCAGCCUGCAUCACUUAUUUGUUUCAGUAGCACGUUAGAAAGCACCAAUAAUGCAGGACUUAGAGGGAAGCUCUAAAAUAUGUCCAAAGUUGAUUCCAAAGUUGAAACAUUACAGACAUCAGGCCGACGAGAUGUAGCAGAACUUAAAUGCUGGUGCCAAAACCUAAACCAACAAAAAUGUUAGCAUUAUAUUUAGAACAUUGUGAAUAGAACAGGACUGGAGUGUGAUCACUUAGAGUAAGUUAUACUUGUGUUUAGUAUUUUAUCUCAUAAUAUACAGUGAUACUGCAAAUGGUUCUGUUCUGUAAGGUUGUAAAAUAAAUGUAUUUCCCAAGGCAUCAGUAAGGCAUGUUGUAGGACAAUGACAAUUUGUUUAAUUACCUAUUUAAUGAGAAGUUGUGGUUGUUUCUGCACACAUGUAGAUAUAAAAUACCAAAGAUCAAAAAAGCACCACAAGAUAUCAGCAAAUUCUCCAUAAUGCCAGAAAACAUGGUCGCUCAAAAUGGAUACAGGAGUAAAGCAACAGUACAACUGGCUGUACAGAGCCCUUAAUCAAUCAAUCAAUCAAUCAAUCAAUCAAUUACUUAAUUUGUUGAGUUUAUUUUGUAAAAAUAAAAUGAAAAUUCUUCUGUUGACAAAAUACAGCAGAACCAAGUUUAAGCUUUGACCUCUUGUGAAGAGUAGCUGUUAAUAUGAAUGUAUUUGUACAAACUAGGUGAACAACAUCAUAGAAAUGAUUGAGAAUCAUUUAAUAUAAGUAGUUAGCUGUCGGCAAGUGGACUUGUUAAGAGUCUUAACUCAAGCAAACCCAGUUGCCCACAGCUAACUACUUAAGAUGACUAUGACCUGGAUGACUGAGAACCUUCACGGACAUAUCGAGACAAACAUUUCACUGUAACCACGCAAAGUUGAGCGUAUACGACAUAUAUGACUCCUGCAGUCAUUCAGAUGCUGAGUUUAAAUUCCUUCACUCACUACAGCCUGAUUAAUUUGACAAGUUAAAACUUACCUUGAAAUGUAAAUUUCUUUAAAAGCAUAACGUCACAUUUCCCUGUCAAACUUUGCUAUGUCAUACAUUCUUUCAUUUUGUUGUGUUUACAAAUUUCAGGUAUUAUUUUGUAACAUACUCAGAGAUUUAUGGCUCAAAUAUGAAUGAUGUUAGAUGUUAUGAUUUUCUUGUGCAGAUGAUGACUUUGUUUAAAAAAAAAAAAGAAAAAAGAUAUGACUAAUGAUUAAAUUCACAAGAUGGUGUUUCA